CUAAAGAAAACAGGAAUCGAAAGCAGGGCGUGAAAUACUAAACCCCCUCCGCGAGGUCUCAGCUAGGGGGGACGAUUCCUCCGACAGGCAUCCUUCUCUCCUUCUCUCAUACCGAUUUAUUUAAAACGCAUAAAUGCAGAGCAGCGCCGCUUUUCUAUGGGUCUUCACUGCGCUCACUGAAAGAUAAUACCUGUUAUGGAACAAAACGUCUGUGAUGAUGACCAGCCAGUAGUUUUCAGAGAGCAGAACCGUGGAAGGAGAAGGAAAAUGAAAGCAUUCACCUCCAGUAACUUUAAAGCAAUGGACAUGAUAACCGUUGAGUUUGUGAUGCCUAACAGUACCAAGACUGGGAAAGGCCUGGAUUCCCUGCAGUUGGACGUGGCUGGGAUUUGCACUGUGGAGCAGGUGAAGACCCAGGUGUGGAUGAAGGCCAUCACCACUAACCUGUGCUCAGAGUUUUAUCAGAAGUACUCCCCUGAUGACUGCAUCCUGCUCUACCAGAAGAAGGGAAACUGGUAUGAAAUUUAUGACAAGCAUCAAGUGUUCCAGACCCUGGACUGCAUAUGCUACUGGAAGACACUGAAGAAGGAUGUCGGCAGAAUUCAUAUGACCACUAGACCACAGCUUACAGAUGAGUCUAUUCAGUACCAAAAGUAUCUGAAUUACCUGAUUGGAUAUGAUGUCACCGACGUGAGCAACGUGCACGAUGAUGAGUUGGAGUUUACCAGAAGGAAGCUGCUCACUCCUCGCAAAAAUGAAUUGUUGACUAGAGACCCAAAACUCUAUUCAAUGGACCCCUGGGUAACCUCAAAGCCCCUCCCAGAGUACCUCUUGAGCAAGAUCAGCAAAAAUCACAUUCUUCUUGUGAUACACAGAAACACGUCCAGUCUUACUGUGAAGGUGUCCAUCGAUGACACGCCUAUCCAGGUUCUUCAAAGCUUCUUUACCAAAAUUGCAAAAAAGAGGGCCUUGUUCAAUAUUCCAGAUGAGGUUAGUGAGUCUGAAUUUGUUUUGAGGGUUUGUGGUAGAGAGGAGUACAUCUUUGGGAACAAUCCCAUCAAGGACUUCUACUGGAUUAGACAAUGUCUGAAGAACGGAGAGGAGAUACACCUGGUUCUGGAGGAACCUCCUAACCCAGAGAAGGAUGUGGUCCACAAGGAGGACUGGUCCCAGGUGGAUAUGUGCACAGGCUUGGCUGCCACCCAUGAACAGUUGACAAUUGAUGAGAAAGACCACGAUAAAGUUUUUACCAUCUCCAUGUGGGACUGCAACCGAAAGUUCCGUGUCAAGGUUCUGGGAAUUGAUAUCCCCACCCUCCCACGUAAUUCUGAGCUGAUCGUUUUUGUAGAGGCAAGCAUCUUUCAUGGACAGCAGCUUCUGGCCCAAGAAAAGACAUCCCCCAAACCAUUCACAGAGGAAGUUCUUUGGAACACCUGGGUGGAAUUCAACAUAAAAAUCAAGGACUUGCCCAAAGGAGCACGACUUAGUCUGCAGGUGUCAUGUGGCAAGGCCCAGACACAGACCCAGGCUACCAAGGGGCCCUAUUCAGACUGCCCCAGCUAUGAAGGCAAAAGCAAAAGCCGCCUGCUCUAUUACGUAAACCUUCUCCUGGUGGACCAUCGCUCAUUGCUCCGACAGGGUGAGUACGUCCUACACAUGUGGAAGAUGCCAGAAAAGAGCGAGGACCUCGGCAGCAUCAAUGCUGACAAGUUAACCUCAGCCACCAACCCUGACAAGGCUGGCUCCAUGGCUAUAGCCAUCAUGCUGGAAAAGUAUGGCUACCCUGUUGCCUUACCCAUGAGUCCAGAGCCCCCAGAGUCCCCAGAGGGAGCAGAAGAUGAGAGGGGAGUGAGAGAGAUGCCCAGCCAUUUGCGGAAACAGCUGGAGCAGAUAAUGGCCACCGACCCACUGUACCCGCUUAGCCCAGAAGACAAGGAGCUUCUCUGGCACUUUCGGCAGGAGUGCCUGAGGAUCCCUAAGGCUUACCCCAAGUUUCUGGGCUCAGUAAAGUGGGGAAACCAGGAGGCUGUGAUGAUCACACACCAGCUUCUGGCAAGAAGUUUCACUUGGGCACAGAGCCCACUGGAUGUGGGGCUUGCUAUGCAGCUCCUGGACUGCCACUUCUCCGAUGCCAUCGUGCGUUCCCUGGCCGUCAAGAAGCUGGAGAAGCUGGGCGAUGAUGAUGUCCUGCGGUACCUGCUGCAGCUGGUGCAGGCUGUAAAAUUUGAGCCGUACCAUGACAGUGCCUUGGCCCAGUUCUUGCUGAAGCGAGCCUUAAGAAGCAAGCGCAUCGGUCACUUCCUGUUCUGGUUCCUGCGGAGCGAGAUCGCCCAGUCCAUGCACUACCAGCAGCGCUAUGCCGUCAUCCUGGAGGCCUACCUUCGCGGCUGCGGCGAGGCCAUGCUGCAGGACUUUAAGAAGCAGGUGGAGAUGACGGAGGCCCUGCAGCAGGUCACCCGCGAGAUCAAGGCCAUGUCCGCAGAGAAAUACGACGUGUCGGUGCAGGUUGUUUUCCAGUUGAGACAGAAGCUUGAGAACCUGCAGUCAUCGGGGCUGCCGGAGAGCUUCAAAGUGCCGUACGACCCCGGCUUGCGGGCGGGGGCAUUGGUGAUCGAGCAGUGCAAGGUGAUGGCCUCCAAAAAGAAGCCUCUGUGGCUGCAAUUCCGACGGGCCGACCCCACCACGCUCUCCAGCGAUACCAUCGGCAUUAUCUUCAAGGACGGGGAUGACUUGCGCCAGGACAUGCUGAUCCUACAGAUUCUGCUGAUAAUGGAGUCUAUAUGGGAAGCGGAAUCCUUGGAUUUGUCAUUGUUACCUUAUGGCUGUAUUUCAACUGGCAAUAAAAUAGGGAUGAUUGAGAUAGUGAAGGAUGCUACCACCAUUGCCAACAUCCAGCAAAGCACUGUGGGAAAUACAGGCGCCUUCAAAGAUGAGAUUUUGAACCAGUGGCUUCGGGAGAAGUGUCUGACCGAAGAAAUGUUUGAACAGGCCGUAGAGCGAUUCGUCUACUCCUGUGCGGGAUACUGUGUGGCCACAUUUGUCCUGGGGAUCGGAGACCGACACAACGACAACAUCAUGAUCACCGAAUCGGGAAGCCUUUUCCACAUCGACUUCGGACACAUCCUUGGAAAUUACAAGAGCUUCCUGGGCAUAAGCAAGGAGAGGGUCCCGUUUGUUUUGACACCGGACUUCCUGUACGUCAUGGGUACCACGGGGAAGAAGAGCAGCCCCCAAUUCCAGAAGUUUCAGGAUGUCUGCGUGAAGGCCUACAUGGCCCUCCGCCACCACACCAACAUGCUCAUCAUCCUCUUCUCCAUGAUGCUGAUGACCGGCAUGCCACAGCUCACCAGCAAGGAGGACAUCGAGUACAUCCGCGAUGCGCUUACCGUCGGCCGCUCCGAGGACGAAGCGCAGCGCCACUUCCUGGACCAGAUAGAGAUCUGCAGGGACAAGGGCUGGACUGUACAGUUUAACUGGUUCCUGCACCUAGUACUGGGCAUCAAACAAGGCGGAGAGAAGCGGUCAGCUUAGCUGGUGCACCUCAAUCUCACUUAUGCCACCCACGCAUCUGUUUCUGGCAUCUGAGGAAAUGGGGGUGUUUGUGAUGACGGUAGUACUCCUACCAAGUAGUGAAAAUUAGACUUUUCAAUGUCCUACUUCGUAACUCUUAGCACCCUCUGCUGGUUGAAAAAUGCAACAUUUCCUUAAAUAUCUAGUAGUAUAUGUGACGUUAGUGCCACUAGAAGCAUUAUUGAAGUGUCUCAUGUAACGUGGAGGAUGGCAUGGUGGCUCAGUGGGUAGCACUGGGGGUUGAGCCCACCCUGCAUGUGCAUAUGGAGACUGCAUGUUCUCCCCAUGUUACAUGGGUUUCCUCCCAUAAUCCAAUGCCAUGCAAUAAGGCUAACUGACAUCUCCAAGUGGGCCAUUGUUUGUUUGUUUGUUUGUGUGUGUGUGUGUGUGUGUGUUACUUAUGGAAAAAUGGAGACUGAACUCUCCAGCCAUUAUCACGAGGCGAAAGCGUCUCCCUGUCAUGUGUCCAGCCCCUAAUAUACAAACAUAUUAAAUGGGUAAUUUAAGCAAAAA